AUGAGCGCGGAGCUGGACGGCGUGUCCGUGCACUCCUCCUCCUCCUCGUCGGGCUCGCUGGGCUCGGCGGCGGGGCCGGCACCGCGGCCGCUCUCGGCGAACGUGCGGCGGCUGCACCAGGCGCUCACGGCGCUGCUGAGCGAGGCGGAGCGGGAGCGCUUCAUCCUCUGCCUCAAUGCCUACCACGGCCGCCGCAACGUCUGCGACCUGGUGCGCUCCCUGCGCGCCCUGCUCGACGGGCCCCGCCGCCGGCAGCUGCUGCCGCUGCUGCGCCUCGUCCUGCCGCGCUCCGACCAGCUCCUCUUCGAUCAGUACACGGCCGAGGGGCCCUACCUGCCGCCCCCCGGCCGCCCCCCGCCGCCCCCGGCCCCGCCGCCGCUGGUCCCGGGCGAGCUGCGGCAGGUGACGCUGCGCCGGAGCAAAGCCCACGAGGGUCUGGGCUUCAGCAUCCGCGGCGGUGCCGAGCACGGUGUGGGUAUCUACGUGUCGCUGGUGGAGCCGGGCUCGCUGGCCGAGCGGGAGGGGCUGCGGGUCGGCGAUCAGAUCCUGGGGGUCAACGGCAAGUCCCUGGACAGGGUGACCCACGCCGAGGCGGUCAAGGUGCUGAAGGGCUGCAAGAAGCUGAACCUGUCGGUGCACUCGGUGGGGCGCAUCCCGGGGGGUUAUGUCACCAACCACAUCUACACCUGGGUGGACCCCCAGGGCCGCAGCGUGUCCCCCCCCACAGGGCUGCCCCACCACCAGAACAGCUCCCUGCGCAGGGACAGCGAGAAGAGGAGUCACCUCCAGCUCCUGCAGGAGGGGGAUGAGAAGAAGGUGAAUCUGGUCCUGAACGAGGGGAAAUCCCUGGGCCUCAUGAUCCGAGGAGGGGCAGAAUAUUCCCUGGGCAUCUACAUCACGGGUGUGGACAAGGGCUCCGAGGCAGAGAGCACUGGCUUGAAGGUGGGAGACCAGAUCCUGGAGGUGAACGGCCGGAGCUUCCUGAGCAUCCCCCACGACGAGGCCGUCAAGCUGCUCAAGUCCUCGCGUCACCUCAUCAUGACGGUGAAGGACAUCGGGCGCCUGCCCCACGCCCGCACCACCGUGGACGAGACCCGCUGGAUCACCAGCUCUCAGCUCGGGGAGACGCUGCUCAGCUCGGCGGGGGCAGUGGGUGACCAUGCUAUGGACGUGGCAGCCAGGCCCGUGUUCUACCGGGGGCUGGCCGGCUCGCAGGUGACCCUGAGCACCAUGGUGAACCAGACACGCGUCAUGCUGGAGGAGCAGGCACGGCACCUGCUCAACGAGCAGGAACGGGCCACCAUGGGCUACUACCUGGACGAGUACAAGGAGGGCAACAUCUCUGUGGAUGCUCUGGUCAUGGCCCUCUUUGAGCUGCUCAACACACAGGCCAAGUUCUCGCUGCUCUCCGAGGUGCGGGGGGUGAUCUCCCCACAAGACCUCGACCGCUUCGACAACCUGGUGCUGAAGAGGGAGAUCGAGUCCAUGAAGGCCCGGCAGCCCGCGGGGCCCAGCACUGACUCCUACUCCAUGAUGUCCUACAGCGACACCGUCUCGUCCUCCAGCAGCCACUUCACUGCCACCACCGUCAGCUCCGCCCGGGAGCGACUGCUGUGGCUCAUAGACCUGAUGGAGAACACGUCAGAGCUGGAGGGAGCUGGGGACUGCCACCAGAGCAGCAUCAACACCCUGCCAGAUGUGUCCCUGGAUGAUGUCUCCUCCUUCCCAGAGGAACCACCCAACUUCAAGCCUCCUCCUCCUCCAUCAGCCCCCCAGAGCCUGGACCCCUCCUCUGCCCAGCACCGGCUCCCGGGGAAGGACAAGCCCAAGCGCCCCUCCUCCGAGUCCUCCCAGUCUGGCCUUUUCUUCGUGGCCCCCCGAAACCCCUCUCCCCCUCCCAGCGCCCCCGAGAAGGACACGGUCAGCGUGACCUCCACGGCCUCCACGUCCACCGAGGACUCUGCCCCCAGCGCCAUCUACGCCACCAUCUCUCCGUCCCCGCACGGCUCCCGCAGGCCGGCGGACGCCCAGCUCUCCCUGCUCAGCCAGCACCCCAUCGGGCCCUUCCCCAGGGUCCAGUCCCCAGCCAGGCUGAAGAGCCCAUCCCCGGAGGGGAUCCAGAGCCCCCCGUCCCCGUCCCCUCCUCCUCCGCCCCCGCACCCCGCGCCCCCUCCCCCGGACAAGGGCAGCCCCCAGGCCGUGGCCAACCAGCAUUUCAUCAUGGUGGAGGUGCACCAGCCCAACAGCGAGCCCGACGUCAACGAAGUGAGGCCCCUGCCCCAGGCCAGAGCCUCCACGCUCUCCCAGCUGUCGGACAGCGGGCAGACCCUCAGCGAGGACAGCGGGGUGGACAUCGGGGAGGUCGAGACGAGCGGCAAGGACAAGAGCCGGCAGCCGGGCCCCGGGAAAAGCCGGAGCCUCAAGGAGGCCACGAGGAGCGAGGGGGCGGCAGAAGGGGCCUCCAAGCCGCCAGGGCUCCUGGAGCCCACGUCGUGUCUGAUCCGGGUGUCCAAGAGCGCUCCCACCUUGGGCAUCGCCAUCGAGGGCGGCGCGAACACGCGGCAGCCGCUGCCCCGCAUCGUCACCAUCCAGCGGGGGGGCUCGGCACACAACUGCGGGAAGCUGAAGGUGGGACAUGUCAUUUUGGAGGUGAACGGCACAGGACUCCGAGGAAAAGAGCACCGGGAAGCCGCCCGGAUCAUCGCCGAGGCCUUUAAGCUGAAGGAAAAGGACUACAUCGAUUUCUUGGUCACAGAAUUCAACGUCGCCCUUUAG